ACUCAUAUCCGUUAGAAAUAUGGUUAGAAGUGUUCCAUUGACCAUAAUAUAUUUGUUCAUUUUUGUUAUGUACGUUGAAAGUUGUUUAAUAACAAAUUGUCCGAAAGGUGGUAAAAGAGGCGGAGAAUUCAGUACGAGUGAAUCAAAUAUAAAGACAUGUAUUUCUUGUGGACCAGGACACACUGGCAAAUGUUUUGGUCCUAACAUAUGCUGCGGACCUUUUGGUUGCCUAUUGGGCAGCCCUGAAACGGAAAGGUGCCACAAAGAAGGAUUGUUUCAGGAGACAGAGCCAUGUAUAGCUGGUUUCUCUACAUGUAGGAAAAAUACAGGGCGUUGUGCCGCGGAAAAAAUAUGCUGUACUCAAGAUUCAUGUCAUAGAGACACGCAAUGUUCGAAAGAGGAAAGAACGAGACCAUUAUCCGAGAACGCCGUAGGAAUGGAGCUUUACAAAUUGAUCAACAACCCUUCAGAAUUAUUUAUCGAAAAAUAAUCAAUGAUGCCAAAUUCUUUUAAACACAAACGAUCAAGAAAUCUUGCGGAUGUAAAUAUUUGAAAUGAAUAAAUAGAAUAAAGAUUAAAGAAUGCAUUACUCACCCGUUUAUUAAAUGA